UAAAUCCCCUACAGCACGAAAGAUCGGAAAGACCACUACCCUAGAAUCAGAUGAUUAUGAUAUGACAUUUGAUUAUGAUGAAAGUGAACUUCAGAAGCUGGACGGCGUCAUCGAGGACGCGUACCAGGGCAAGGUGGCUCCUCGCACAGCAGAGGGAUCAAGACCCCUAGCUCGCGCACCCUCGAAAGCUGGUCUCCAAACGACAUUAUUCGGCGAUGUACUCGCUCCCACGACAAAUAGGACUCGCUCGGAGGGAAAUAAUAAGGGAGAGGGGUCAUCCAGAGGGCCGAUGCAGCGCUCGAAGUCGUCGGGUCAGUUGUUUAGGAAGACAAAGGUGUGGGAUCAUACUGCGUUCUCCAAGACAGGGAAGAGGAAGACGGAUAAGGGGAAACGAAAAGCUUGGGAUGAUGAGAACGAUGCGGGUGAGGAAGAAGAGCAGAUUGAGUUCGAGCAGUUUCCGGCACCCUCUGUUCCUAGCCGCCACCCAUGAAAGUCGAACCAGACCUCCUCGCCACCAAGCAGUGGAUAUUCCCUCUCAAUCGUCCCAAACGAGACUAUCAAUUCAACAUCUCCAAACACUGCCUAUUUGACAACACUCUUGUUGCACUACCCACAGGUUUAGGAAAGACGUUCAUCGCCGGUGUCGUCAUGCUCAACUUUUAUCGAUGGUUUCCAGACGGCAAGAUAGUCUUUGUGGCACCGACGAAACCACUUGUGGCCCAGCAGAUCGAUGCAUGCCAUCAGACUUGCGGCAUCCCGGGACGUGAUGCUGCCGAGCUGACAGGAAAUGUACCCAAAGCUCAGCGGAAUAGAGCUUGGGCAGAGAAACGCGUAUUCUACAUGACGCCUCAGACCCUGUUCAAUGACCUCUACCAGAACAACUGUGACUGCCGCGAUAUCGUGCUCCUUGUUAUCGACGAAGCACAUAAAGGAUCAGGCGACUACGCAUACGCUACCUGUGUCCGCUAUCUCAUGGCCAAGAACCCACAUUUUCGAGUCCUCGCACUGACUGCCACUCCCGGAUCGAACCCAGAAGCAGUUCAAGGGAUUGUGGAUUCGCUUCACAUCAGCAGGAUCGAGAUUCGGGACGAGCAGAGCUGGGAUAUCCGUGGAUACAUCAACAAGAAGAAAGUAGAGCAGCACAUCAUCACCAUGAACGAUGACAUUGCAAGGUUGAGAGACAUGAUCGGGAAGGUUAUGAAGCCUAUGCUGCAGAAGCUCGCCAACGUUGGUAUUUUCCGAGGAAAUCUAGAUCCAGUGCUAUUUCAUCCCUUCCGAGCACAAUCCGCUAUGGGCGAAAUCCAUGGUCGAAAGGACGGCAGACAACUAGCAUGGGCAUUUCCAGUUCUCAAGAAGGUCGGAGCUUUGGCUAGGGCUAUGGGAUAUCUUCUCGAAGCCAGCCAAAUGCUGUGCCACCGGUCUCUCAAGGAAGCGGUGGACGGUGACAAUAAUUCGGACAAGGCCAAGUCAGGGAAUAACAAGCUCACUAACGAUCCGAACUUUCAAGCGAUCAUGCGCGAGCUCGAUUUACAGGCCCAUAUAGGAUUCGCGGUACACCCGAAGAUGGAGAAAUUGAAGAUGCUUGUGCUCAAUCAUUUUGGGACAAAGCUACCCGAAGAAGCUGCUGAUGCCAACAACGGGGAAGCGAUUGGCGCUGGAGUGAAUGGUGUUGGUGCUGGCGGUAAUAAGGGCAGCGAAGGGGACGACACGCGGGUGAUGGUUUUUGUGACGUUCCGAGAGGCGGUGGAACAGCUCGUGGAGUUUUUGAACGAAGAGUCGCCCAUCAUCAGAGCGACAAAGUUCAUUGGUCAAGGGGCGGAUAAGGCAGGAAAGAAGGGAUUUGCGCAGAAGGAUCAGCUCGAUGUCAUUAAACGAUUCAAGCAGGGAGAGUUUAAUGUUCUCGUUUCGACCUCUAUUGGCGAGGAAGGUCUCGAUAUCGGUGAGAUCGACAUGAUCGUAUGUUACGAGUCACAGAAGACCCCCAUUCGGAUGCUCCAACGUGUCGGACGUACAGGCCGUAAACGUGACGGCUACGUCCAUGUCCUUCUCGCCGAAGGCCGCGAAGAGCUCAAUUGGAACAAAGCACAGGAGUCCUAUGCCAAUGUCCAAAAAUCUAUCGUCCGGGGCGAACAGCUCGAGUUCUACGCCGACGUCGAACGUCUCCUCCCUGAUCACAUCAAGCCUGAGCCUCUGGAGAUGGAGAUGGACAUAGAACCAUAUGAUCGCGAAGAGGCAACAGAGAAGAAGGGAAGGAGUUCGAGCACGAAUGGUCAGGGAUCAGCGAAGAGGAAAAGGAACGGUGAUGCGGAGAGGAAUAUUCCAGAGGGGGCGAGCAAAGGGUUCGUCAGCGUAGCGGAUUUAUUGCUCAAGGGUAGUGGGAAGAAGAGGAAGAUGUCCAGUGUGGCUGAGUUGUUGAAGGCAGGCGAAGAGGACUCGACAGACGAUGAGAUCGAGGCAGGAAUAUUUGGGGCACGGAGAACGGUGUCUAUGCCUGCUAGGUCUGAGGAACAGUCGGAGAAGACUAAGGGCAAGGAGAAGGAAAAGAGGAGCGUGAAGAGGAAGAAGACGACUGAAGGCAAAGAGCCGAAGGUGAAAAAAAAGAAGACCAAGGCAGAGCGCACAGCGCUGCCUUCCGUUCCUCUCAGCCAAGCCAACAUAGAGGAUGAGGACGACCUAGCAAUUGAACAGGGCUUCCUGUAUGACGACGCAGCGCAGGCAACAGCGGCUCCAUCGGCUCGCAAACGACGGAAAUCUGUCGAUCCGCCUUCUCGCUCACCGGCUCGGGUUUCUUCCCCAGACAUGCCUCUCGCCGAUGGGCGCUCCUCUCCUGACGUUCCCCUGGCGUCUCAGCAAUCCGUCAUCGACGUCUGCACGCCUUCCGAGCGUGACUCUCCUGCUUCGCCCCCUGCGCAUAUUCCCUCUCCAUCUAAUACCAAGGCACGUCAUAAGUCCAUGGCCAAAUCCAAAUCAGCCCCAGCACGAGCAUCCACCUCCAGGAGCCCCUCGAACCGAGGAUCCCCGCGUGCUCUUGACGACAAUGUAAACGAUAAAACGGCUGGCCGCGACCUCUCUUGGCUGUUAGCAGAUUCCUCCGAUGGUGACGGCGUGGGCAGAGCUUUUCGCUCAUUAUCGCCACAAGUUCACAAACCUUCCGUGCGGUCAGCAACUAGUUCAUCCGACAUCGAAUUUGUGGACGAUCCGCCACCCGUGGAUGUCGGGUUCGUUCGUUCGAGUACACUUCUUCGCAGGUCAAAUCACUCGCCGACCAACGAGGAUAGUGAUCUGCCUGGCUCUGACAUCGAAAUCGAGGACGAUGAGUUCGAGAACCCUAUAGCCCAGAAUACCGUCUCCGUCUCCGUCUCCUCCGAAUCUUCGAAGUCCCACACGGGCCACUCACCAAUGUUCAAGUCAGCUCAUCAACCGGGUGAUACACCUCCUACGCCUUUACAGGACGAAGACGAAGACGACGACCCUCUCUUGCUUGCCUCUCCUAAGGGCUCGCCAGAGCCUGCAUAUCCUGUAAACGCUUUGGGGAAGAAGCGAAAGCUGUCGGCGUUCGUCGAACCUUCAUCUCCUCUUGUCGCCCCUUCGCAUUCAUCCGACCAACCCGAGGAUAUCGAUGAUCUCCAGCCGAGUCAACCCGUACGUGCAGCAGGUGGAAGAAAGAAACGAGUGGCCGUUAAUGAUCUUUUCUCGUCACCUUCGGCCACGGCCAUGCCUCCCUCUCCUUCGCAAAAGCGACUCCGACGUCCUCCUUCACCUGCCGCUGAAGAGUCUGAAGAUGGUCCGCAGCCGACUUUUCCCGUGCGAGCGGCAGGCGGAAGAAAGAAGCGCGUGACAGCGAAAGACCCACUUUCGUCGCCCGUGGUCAUGCCCCCUCCUUCACAGAAACGCCUCCGACGUCCGCAGGACUCACCCCCUUUGGGUUCCAUGGGCCCACCUGACUUACCGAAGACUCCCAAGGUACCGAAAUCUCGAAUAUCCAGGCCGACGUCCAAGAAACUGAAGUUCAGAGACGCUGCUGAGGCUGCGCGAGCGAAUCCCUGGAUCGAUGUCGAAGCAUCACACUCGGGUGACGAUGUGAGUGGUGGUGAAUAUUCCGACGAUGACGAUCUCGCACGUCUGGAUCACUCUUCUGAAGAUGGUCAUGGGUUCAUCGCAAACGAUGGCUCCUUCACCCAGGCCUCACCUUCGUACGAUCAAUACGCAGUUUAUCGACAAAGUCUUAUGUCGCAGGCUCCAUCUAGAGCUGGGCCUGUAUUCAGGAGUAGACCAAGAGGACGAGGAGCGGCGUUCCGUGGCGAUGGUGUAGGUGAGGCAGGCUCGAGUCGAAGGAGGAAUGUUACGGUCUCGAGCUCACCUAGAAGAUCGGAUGAAGAGCCGGACGAAUAUGCUUUUGGAAGCUUUGCCGUGGAUGAUGAGGAUAUUUCAUUUGCGCCCUCCAGUGAUUUGUGAAGAGUGUGGUUAUUGUCUCCCUCACAACGAUUGUACAUGACGCCUGCCGUGACUUUGGUUUUGAUCUUGUUAUCUUACUAUGGGUUAUGAGGCAGAUGGACUCCAAUUACGCUACUUGAGUAAUAC